AUGGCGUGGGAAAGGGGAAAAGUCACGACACUAGAGAGAAACAGAAGACCCUCGGCAAGAGGUUGGGGAAAGGCUGCUGCAACGGUGAGAAGAAGGGGAACCGCGGAUGAUGCAAGACACAGAGAGGAGUUUACGGUGUUUGUCAACAACGUGAGCAAGGGGACCCAUCAAGCAACUCUUAGAGACGUGUUCUCAGAAUAUGGAGAGGUAGUAGAUUAUUUCAUUGCAUAUAGGAACCAGAAGAGGGUAGGCAAAAACACAACAUUUGCUUUUGUCCGAUUCAAAAGAUGGAUGGACGCUGUCCGAGCUGUUGAAAAAGGUGAUAAAAGGAAGUUGGACAACUUUAUGAUUAGAGUUUUCAUGGAGAUGAAUGCUGAGCGUCAUCUCAAUAAUCCAUGA